GCGUGGAGCUUUGUGUCACUGGUUGACUUAGCAGAUACAUUUGUAGGUUUCAUCAUCAAAAACAAUGUUGAGUUGGCCGAAAGUGACCCAGUUGAUGCUGGCCAGGAUCAGUGUCCGCCACUUUGCGGACGAGAUCAACAGCAGCGUGCGAGCGGCGUUCGUCAAGGGAAACGCUCGAAUUGAUCCGGUCAACGUGCUGCCCAAAUCCAAGUACGGCGGAAUCAAUACGGUCUCUCUGGUCACGGGCACCACCAUCAUUGGCCAGCAGGGGGCCCAGUUCGUGUCAUCCCUGCUUUCGAGCAGCCGCGUACCCGUGGAGGUUCAAAUAAUCGAAGCUGGCCAGGAUGACGAGUACUUCCAUUCGGUGCUCCGCAACAGAACUGCCGUGCAUGUGGACAAUCAGGCGGACGGGGAAGCCAAGCAGAAGGCGCUCAAGAUAUCCAACGACCUGGACUUGUACGUCUUCAAGACCCGGACACGCAGUUUUCCCGGCUUCAAGUGCCGCUUUCCGGGCGUGGACAUCCUGCUAAUCGGUCAGAACAACAUGGGCAUCUUCAACGAACUGGAGUAUUCACCCGUGGAGGGAGUGGUGGAGGCCCUGUCCGUCAUCUCCCAGAAAUCCAAUGAGAAGUACCUGCAGCACGCCUUUAAGGCGGCCGUGAAGUCGGGCCGGAAACGGGUGACGCUGAUCAACAAGGCCAAGGAGUGGCCCAUUAGCGAUGGCUCACUGGUGGAAGCCGCCCAGCGCAUGCACUGCAACUACAAGGACUGCAUCGAGCUGGAGCUCAUGGAGUUGGAACCGGCCAUCAGCCAGUUGAUGACGAAUCCCACCUACUUCGACUGCCUCUUCGCCAGCGAUCGCUACGCCACAUUCCUAUCAGCCAUCUGCAGUGGCGUCUGUGGAGGAGCUAAUCUCUUCAGUGCGGUGGAGAUCGGAGAUCACCAUGCCGUCUUCAAGCCGCUGCAGACGAAACUAUCGCUGACCAACUAUUCCAACCUAAGUGCUUACGGCAUCGUGUCCACCAUCGUCGAUCUCUUCCAGCAUCUGGGCCACGAAAAGUGCGCCGCGGCUCUGUGGUGCGAGAUGAAGCGCACCAUGGACGAGGGCAUCCGCACCAAGGAGUUCGGUGGCCAGGACACCGGCGAGUAUGUCAUUUGCAACAUCAUCAACCAGCUGCGAUGCCGAGCACUGGAUAAAUAGAGACGUGAUGUCUGGCCAAAAGGUAGUUUUGAAUUUCAAUUAAUAUUCGAUAUAAAGUCAAUAAAUUGCUUGUGACCAUUAUUUUGCCAAAAUAAACACAAACAUUUGUGCAA